AUCCGGAGGGGGCGGUAUAACGCAGCCAUUUCAUGGCGGUUACAUAGCUGAGAAGGUGUAGAAGAGCACGGUGUCUUUGAUAGCGAUGUCCUGACAGCUGCUGCUUUGUUGAGGUAUAUACCACUGACCUGUGACAUGUCCAACCAUGUUGCGCUCACUGACAGUGUCCCUAUGCCAGUGGGCCCAACCACUUAUCUGCCUCACCAGCAGAUACUGCUCCUCCAACCCGGCUGAGAACAAACUCACUGUGGAUGCACUUUACAACCUUUCAGUUGACUUAACUAAGAUCCGGAAGCUGAAGGCAUGGGUGUUGCACCAAAACCCUGCUUAUGUGAUGGAGGCGGCAGCCCUGCUAAGGGACAUGGGGGCCAGCGGGCUGGUCAUUGCUCGAGUGUUGGAACUCCACCCUGAGGCCAUUCUCUGCAGGCCGGAGCAUUUCAAGGCUCAGAAGGAGCUGUGGAUGUCAGUGUGUGCCAGCCAGAGGGACUUGGUAGGAAUCAUUGAAAAAUUCCCUGCCUCUUUUUUCACCUCACCCUGCCAUCUUGACAGCCAGAGGGCCAAUGUCAUGUUCUUCCAAAGCCUGGGCCUUAACAAGCGCAUUAUUGCUAAGCUGAUGGCCAGUGCUCCACAAAGCUUCAGUAGACCUGUAAAACAGAAUGAGGAAAUGAUUGAAACACUGCAGAAGACAUACCUGGAGCUAGGAGGGAAUGAGACUAGUUUGAAGGUCUGGCUGCAGAAGCUGCUUAGUCAGAACCCAUACGUGCUCAUGAAGCCUCCGGAAGCCUUACGGAAUAACCUGAUGUUCCUGCAAGGCUGGGGCUUCACCAGCAUUGAGCUCCUCCAGCUGCUCUCCAAACUAAAAGGCUUUGUCACAGAGGUCCAGCCAGAGUCGAUGGGCCUCACUUUGAGUUACUCUCAGAAAAUGUUGGGCUGCGCAGAUGCUGAGCUCCGGCAGAUUGUGCUUAAGUGUCCUGCUUUGCUCUAUUACUCUGUGCCUAUCUUGGCAGACAGGUUCGAAGGCCUCUUCAGUGCUGGAAUCAGUCUGCAGCAGAUCAUGGAGACACCCACAGUCAUGGAACUUACCACACAGAUUGUUCAGUAUCGUAUUCAGAAACUGCGCUCUCAUGGUUAUGAUGUCAGGACAGGCAGUCUGGAGGUCCUCAAUGGCACCAAGAAGGACUUUGAGAUGAGCUUUGGAAAACUGCGUCUGAGGCGAGAGAGGCCACUCUUUAACCCUGUAGCCCCUCUCAGGACUGAUGAGUGAGGAUGAGUGAGAAUUCCUCUUGUGAAAUGGUACCUUCUUUUAGACAAUAAAAUACACUAUCUGGUUAUAUUAUUAGGUAAAACUGCUUUGUCUGUACUCAUUGUCCAUUUUAUCAGCUCCACUUAUCAUAUAGGUGCACUGUGUAAUUCUAAACUUACAGAUUGUAGUCCAUCUAUUUAUCUGUGUAAUUUAUUAGCUCCCCUUCACCCUGUUCAUCAAUGGUCAGGACACCCACAAGACCCCCACUGAGCAGGUAAUAUUUGGGUGGUGUGUCAUUCUCAGCACUGCAGUGACAUUGACAUGGAAGUGGUGUGUUAGUGGAGGUUAUUUUGUUUCAAGUCUAUCAGUCACACCAGUGUUGCUGUAAAAUGAUCCACAACCCAAAUAAUACCUACUCAGUGGUGGUCCUGUGGGUGUCCUAACCGUUGAUAAAUGUGGUAAAGGGGGAUGGUAAAUGGACCUGUUAAAAUAGACAAUGAGUGCAGUUACAAGGUAGGUGUACCUAAUAAAGUGGCCAGAGUGUGUACAUCUCAAGGUUUUAAUAUAAAUCAGAUCUAUUUGUUUUCUUGCAUGUGGUGCUGAAAUGCUUUAAGAAAUGUUUUCUUAUUAAAUUGUGGGUUGUCCUUUAGGUUACAUGAAUAACUGUGUCAAAAGAUUGAUCAUUGAUUUUAUUUUUGCAGUAAAUUUUUUAUCAUGA